CUUCCCACUGAACGGCUCACCGAGCUGCCCAUCCUGGUGGAAAAUCGGAUUUAGCCCUAUUUCAAAGGAACCGCCUCCCCUCCAGCCUUUUUAAACCCCUGUACGCCGUGACGUCAGCGCGUCAGCAUGACCUCCUCCUCCUCCUCCUCCAACGCCCCGUCAGCUUGCGCAGCGAGGAUCUCCAUCAGCGCGCAGCGCAGCGGCUUGUGACAGGCGACACGAAGCGUCGACGAUAUAACGCCGACAUCAGCAGACAUGGACGCGGCGUCCUCCAGUCAGUGCAGUUAUGAGCAGUAUAAGAAGACAGCAGACUGGCUGCUUGACCACACAGAGCAGCGUCCUAAAGUGGCCAUAAUCUGUGGUUCAGGCCUCGGCGGUCUGGCUGACCUGAUGACUGACAAGGAAGUGUUCCAGUAUAAAGAUAUUCCAAGUUUUCCCAUCAGCACUGUGCAGGGCCAUGCCGGUCAGCUGGUGUUCGGGAAGCUGCAGGGCCGUGAGUGCGUCUGCAUGCAGGGGAGAUUCCACUUCUACGAGGGCUACAACAUACAAACAGUGACGUACCCGGUGCGAGUCUUCUUCCUGCUAGGCGUGGAGACUCUGAUUGUGACAAAUGCAGCGGGGGGACUGAACGGCGGCUUCGACGUGGGAGACAUCAUGCUCAUUAAGGAUCACAUCAACAUGCCAGGUUUCGCGGGGCAGAACCCGCUCUGUGGGCACAAUGAUGACAGGUUUGGAGUGCGUUUCCCUUGCAUGUCGGAUGCGUACGAUCGUGACUUGAUGGCUCUGGCCAGGGAAACAGCAAAGGAGCAGAGCUGCGACAGCUUCCUGCAGGAAGGGGUUUACUGCAUGCUGGCUGGACCGACAUAUGAGACCAUUGCAGAGUGCAGACUCCUGCAGAAGCUGGGGGCUGAUGCCGUUGGUAUGAGUACGGUCCCAGAGGUGGUGGUGGCUCGUCACUGUGGCUUGCGUGUCUUGGGCCUGUCUCUCAUCACCAACAAGGUCGUGACAGAUUACGACAGCAAGGAUAAGGCAAACCACGAGGAGGUGCUGAGGACCACCAAGCGCCGAACCCAGGACCUCCAGAAGCUCGUCAGUAACCUCAUCACCAAGAUCUAACAGCCUCAUUUGAAAUCUGCUGACAAAAAAAAGACAAAAAAAAAGCUGGUGACUAAUCAUAACUUAACAAAUGGUAAAGGGUAUUUCAGGUGGUGAGCUAGUCAAGUUGGUGUUGAUAAGUUGUUUAUUGUAUUGGCUGUCAUGGUUGACCGUGUUAACAGGGUGUUGGGAAUGAGGUUUUUCGAGAGCAGAGCAAAGAAAUCAAUGUUAAGAAUGUCAGUAUACCUCUUGAUACACUUGUGAUAGCUGGAAAGGUCCACGGUAUCUGAUGAAUAUAUUUGUCCUGUUUGCUAUUCCCUGCUAUCACAGCCAGCAACAAACGUUUGCCUGGAUCCAGUCCUUAUAGUAUAUAUUCCUGAGAGCUUGCUAAAUUUGUCCUUCAGAGGUGGUGAAUGGUGUCUAUAAAGAGCAAUGACUAGCCAGUUAGCCAUUAAUCCAAAAUGUUUACUCAAAAGCUGUAUUUGUUUUGGUUUUGACAGUUUUUGGCUCAGCACUGUUACUGUAAGUCCUCUUAUUAUUAAUAAAUCAUAAGAUCCCUUGACCAGCACAGCCUAGUUAGAUGGUUAAACAGUUUAGCGACGCCCUGAACUAUGGGGUGCCGUUUGUAAAGCGUCUCACUCUGAAA